CCAGAUUGCUUUAAUUCAGAUGCCAUUGGUGUCAGCAUGUCUAUGAAAUCACCUAUUUUGCGACUGAUUUACAAUCAUGUCGCCUUCCCGCCUAAUCUGCCAGGAACUCGUGAUUCUGACGAGGAAACAAUAAGCGUGCAUAAAGAUCUGAUAACCAGAUUGAUUGACGCGAUCAGUAUUCUCAAACAAAAUGCCAACGAUGAGACUUUGGACGCUUGGCAGUUAAUAGAAGCAUCACUGAGGUCGUGCUUGUUACUGCACGCAAAUGGGUUUAUCAAUAAAGAAGGAUUUCUGAAUGCUUUAGGCAAUUUUCAUUCUGGAACGAGUAUUAUUCUGUACCUUGAGUUACAGAAUGCUUGCCUCUUUAUACGGAGGUCGAGACAAAAUAGGGAUGACGAAGAAAUUGUGUUCGAAGCCUUCGAAACAUCCCCAACUGCAAAACAGACAUUAGCGUCAAAGGGGGCUUUGCAGUGGGAUUUCCCAGGCAUAGCAGUCUCUGUUCCCUUGCAUGAAUUCGAGGAUUCGGUAUUUCGAGAUAGUUUGUCAACGUUCAUCGAGAAAGCUAGCAUCGAAACAAUAGAUGAGUUCGUACCAAAAACGCAAAAGACAGGCACAAUGAUUUCCGAACAUCGUGAUACCACGGAUCCAGCGAUAAUCACACAAUUCUUGAUGACAGUAUUAGAAGUGAACGGAAACAGUAUAAACCCGCCACUAUUGCGAAAGCGCAUCAGGGAUGACGUUUGCUGGGACAAGGCAGAGCUUCCUUGGCGUCGAAGCCCAUUUUGGCUGGUGCUGAGAGUUUGUAUACAACGCUUGCUUUACUUACAUCUCGGUUCAGAGUGCGGACGGGUUCAGUACAAGUCCUUGAUAAGCAUUUUCCUGGCAAAACUUUUAGAAAGCUCAGUCUACGAAUUGGAGCCGGAAGAAACAAAUUUUCUUAAAGCCAAAUUGUGUCGUCGUCUAGCAAAAUUGGAGCUUGAGAUAGGUAAACUCGACGAGUUUCCUGGUAUUUCCAAUCCAGGUCUAUCUACGAAAACAAUGGAGAUUUGCCAAAAGUCCAUAGAAAUUACCACAAGACAUUCAAUGGAAGCAUGGAAGUCGUUUAAAGCCGCAUUCAAGCGUCAAAUUCCAACCCUUGCCCAGUGGGCGCACGAUGAUGACUUCCGUCUAAGGAUGCCAAACAGCUCUCCGUAUCUGCGAGAGGUGUUGAAUCACAAAACUGGCCACUUGAACUUAGAGUCUAAGAUUGCAAAAAAAGGAUUAUCAAACCCCAAUACGAAGAAGACCACAACUGAACAAUUCGACGCAUUGACUAUGAAAUACUCUGCAUUAGCGGAUAUUGAGAUGUCAAUUGAAACUAGUACAAGAGACGUUCCAAUCGAUCAGAGACGGCAAACUCAAUGCAAUACUGUGGCCAGUGAGAUAGAAAGUUAUUUUGGAGCGGUGGGUGACGCAUACGAAGAUAAUCCUGAGCAGAUGAGUAUCUUCAUCUUGUCUUUGUUUGAGAUGUGGGUUCAUAUGGACAAAUGUGCGAUAGUCGCAUAUCCACUUUUGAGAAACCUUCAUCCUUGGUUUGAACCAGAGUUGCUCGACGUGUUACAUUUGUCGAGACAAAAAGACUUUGAGCGUCUCCAGGAAAUCCAGCUUUAUCUCCUUGAACGUGGUGCGAAUGCAGAAGUGAAAGAAACCACUAUUCUUUCAGACCCAUCAUCAGGCUGUCUCGCCAAUCUAUAUAUCGACAGCAGCUUCGGGAAUGAGAUACAGAAGCUUCAAGAAAAAAUAGAUAAAGCAUCUUUCGAAGCCAGGCUAGCGAAGCAGGCUGAGCUUGACAGAGUCAAUGCCAGGUUUCAGGAUCUUACGGAGAGAAAAGCGGCUACGUCAUGUACUCAACGACGACGUCCAGACGGAACUCAUGAUGAUCGAGGCUGCGAGUACUGCUACUGCGUUCGCCAUCGAUAUUAUCUGAAGAUCAAAGUCCACGAAGAUUUUCUUCCCACCGACAAGAACUCGGCACAGAAAAACGCUGUUUUACUUGAGUUGGCAAUGCCAGAAUCCCUCAUUGCCUACCGAAACACCACUUGGAAUAUAAUCGCGACAAUCUGUGCCAAUUCUCCAUUGCCAAAUUCAGGACAGCCGGAGAAAUUAUUAGGAGAUUUUACUCCAUUAAAGCAGUACAACCGCCACCGGAAUGAAAAUGGUAUCACCCUAGCAUCUCGCACAAAGUCCUACCUUGGCACACAUUUUAAGUGGAAGAAAUUGCCUGCAAGGCCUCAAAGAAUCAUGUUUCCCUUCGGCAUGGUACUUUCUUACUAUGACAAUAGAAGGAAAAUAUGGCUAAAGGAUUUCCCCAGACAGCUAACACUAGCACACCAUUUUGCCUUAAAGCUACCAGCACAUCUCCCGUUUAGCUCGCUCUACUCGACCAGUGCAUUUUGGCCCGAUAAACAUGGCCCUUCGUCAUACCAAACAGCUGCUAGUAUCACUGAAUGUCCUUCGACGUUGACAGUGCAUGAAUUCGUUGCUAAUAAAAAUCUUAUUGGUGGAAGAUGUCGUCGUUGGCUAUCGAUUCUUGCUGAACUGGGCUCUUCCAAUAUCAAUUUUAGCUUGCUAGACACCACUUAUCUUUUCUAUCUCCUUGCCCACCAGGCAGGUCCAAGACUUGAAAGUGAUGUGCGACGAGUGGUUCAUGUUAUCUUCAAAGACGUCAUAUUUUGCAAUCGGUUGAUAGACCAAAUAGGACGGCAUGUAGAUUUAAUUUCAGAAAACUGGAGGGAAAGUAACUACAUGGAAACGAUGCUCGCCUUGACACUUCAAACUUACGUUCUAUGCUGCCCAGAAGCAUCUACACGAGCGAAAGAAAUGCUAAUGAAGAUCCGACGUAUCACUCACACAUGGAUAUCUUACUUGCGCCACGAAAUGCGGAAUGUGCAGGAAGUGGAUAUUGCGGAGAAGGCUGCUCGUUACUGCUUCUUAUCAGCCUUAUUAUGCCGUCGCACAUUUCUUGUCGAACGACCUCGAGAAGAUGGGUUGGACCCAAAUUCUCUGCAGUGUUUCAUUGAAGCAACCCUAGCUAUGCAGGAGGCUUUGGUUGUAGAUAUAAGCAAAUUCUCAAUUUCAACCCGGAACAUGUUGAUCCGUGAUAUCAAGAUGGCCGUGGCACUACGGAGAAUUAUUCAGGACUCGGUAGCCAAGAACUCCGCGCCUCUCAGUGCUGCUAUUGAUACAGUGUGGCCAAAUACUAACAAUAUCCCACGAGUAUACUCAAAUUGGCAGGUCUUACCGUCUCCGUAUGACUUCUGGGUAACGUCAAUAAUUGAGCCCACUGAGUACACAGUCACCCAGGUAGUUCAUUAUCACUUGCUAGAGGGCCAUUUGUUGAUCGACGGGCAGCCUAUAGGCAAGUUGCCUGCAGAUAUCAGGGAUUCUGAAAUACUGAAAGAAUUGUUUGGUAAUCAGCGUUUGGUGGCUUUCCCAUCAAACAUGCCCAACAUGAGGUAUGUACUUUCAGUGGUUAAAGAGGACAAUUACAUUCAUAUCGGGUAUCGAAACAACGAGCUUAUCGUCCGGGCUCAGAGAUUGGGCUCAAUCUUUGAGCUGGUUCCCCGCCAUGUCUUUAGAGGGAACAAUGACUUUGAUUUACCAGAGCCAUUGGUCGAGAACUGCGUUCACUGGGUGGAAUUAAAGCAAGGACUUCUCCACAUUAGGCGACAUCCGCGUAUUUGGCAGGGUAACGCAUGGGAAAUUGAUAUUAUCAAAAAGACAGGACGCCGACGUCAAACGGCCCUUGUUGACCCUCAUAGCAGGCUUUUCAAAUCCAUAGCUCGGAUAUUCGCCCACUUUGAACAGCCUUGGAUGUUGACUGUCUGUCAGCCAUUAAAUAGAACCAUCUCGGUGGAACUAAAACGAAUGGACCUUACGUUUUAUGUCAAUAGAAGGAAUCUCCUUCAAUGCAGACAGCUAGCAGCAGAGAUAGAUCCUUAUCAGGAUCCAGGGACCUUUUACGGACUUCAGAGUAUGAUCGUUCUUCGCAGCAUCUACAACCGUAUGCAGCGCAGUAUUAUCACUCCACUUGGAAAGGUCCACUACAAGCGACAGGGAAUGCACGUCUGCAUCAAUAUAGAGAAUGAUGGCUCUCAUGCUAGAUACGGAAUUGAUAGCGUAUUGGGACGACUGACUAGUCCAGCUGAGCCACGUCUUUUAUACCACAAGGCGUUGCUUCAUGCCUUGACAUCAUGCUUCAUUUGCGACCCGUUGACAGGUCGCAAUGGAACAGAGGAAGCACUUGCUUCCUUACAAUCUGGAGUAUGUCAGCCAUUUGUUCCACUACACAAGGACCGGUUGGAAAUCCUUAGGGCAAUAGCCAGUCUAGCUCCACGGCGGGGAUAUUACCCUGAGCAUAAACAAGUUCAGCAAACGGUGCAUUGGAACGCAAAUCUGACAACAACUAUUCAAAACGAUGCGUUCGAGCCCGUAGUAGAUGCUAUCAUAGCUAAAUCCGACCGUCUAUCUCUAUUCCAUCAACAGGUUUCGGAGCCUCCAACAGAUACUCCAGCAAUAGACGGUCCUCCAUCUACUAUUCCACACCUGCGACAAAGAGCCAUUUGGCGUAGAUUCCUUUAUGAGCGCCCUGGCAUACUAUAUCCUGAGCCGUUUCUUACCUCAGAUACAAAAUACAUUUCCCGAGACGGCCGAUUGUUCUCAUCGCGCUUGCACAACGUCCGUGAAAUCGUGGGUCUAGUUAAACAACGGCCUAAUUUAGUUCAUACAACUAAGAGUCUCAUUGACCUGCUAAACCAGCAACCUAUUAUCGGAGGAUACUCUAAGGCUUAUUCACAGAGUACUUUAGAGGAUAGUUUGAUCGCAAAUCUUUUUCAUGAAUGGGGCGGACUGAUUAACCUGUGCAUUGAAUCUCAGUUGGAAGUCACCUAUGAAAUUAUGUUUCAAUUGGGCAUGGUCGCCUUUGGAAAAAACGCUGAUAUGACACUAUUAAGAACGAUUGCUUCGUUCUUCUUUUUGCAAGAUCUUAAGGGGCUUCAUCCACCUCCGCAUUCAUCCUUCAUCGGCUUUGAAGUCAACGAAAGCCCACUAGUUGAAACAUUGGUAGAUCUCAUGAAGCCGUUCAUCGAAGUCUAUACGGGUCCGGCUGGAAAGAAGACAAAAAAGAAAAAGCAAGCCGCUUGGGUUGUUUGGAAUCAAUUAUCUGAGGAGCGUUUGGAAGAGUGUAAAAGAUUUUCCAGAUUUCUGAUUGAACAGUGGCCCUGCCCAGAACCUUCUGUGGGCACUUUCCACGCGACAUAUAUAAGUACGUCUACGGCAAUAAAUGCUGUGAUUCCAGAAUGGCGACGCUUGUAUCACAACUUACAACUCUUUUCUCACAUUGAAGACGUCCAACGAAUACUCAAUAGACACUUCGCAGAAAGGACAAAUAGUAAGGACCCCAAAUUAUGCACUGAAAACGAACUUUUUGGGGUGUCUUUUUAUGUCUUUUCAAUUCCUCGACUUGGAAAAGACCUUAUGAGACAAACGGGCCCGAAGAUUGACUCCCAUCACGCUCUAAAUUGGGUUGACGAUUGGGUAUUCAAAGAAGCACUACCUUCCACCCAGCCAGGCCAAUCUAGAAAACCAUAUCUUCGGGCUCCUGAGACUCUAGAGCUAGAGUUGAUUACAAGUGACUUUACAAAUUCGGAAUGCCCCAUACAAUCCAGUUACGGAAAUGAUCUUAAUGCCAGUAUCGCAGCUUUGAAGAUGGUGGAAGUAUCAGCAAUCAACGAGUCGAGUCUGGAUGUCGAAUUCGUGGAGGGUGUAAGAUGGCUGAAUGGCAUUAUCAAUGAGGCCAGAGCUGUCGUGGAUGAAAUGUAUGCCCAGAUAACAAACUCUCUGGUCCAGAUGCAUCCGGCGUACAAAUGGCUACAUCAAGGCAAUCUUUGGCCUUGUAUGACACCUGUAACCAUUCUCGAGCAACUUAGAUCUACAUCACAAUGUAGGUUUGGACGCUACAUGAAAGAGGCAUUGAUUGAAUAUGGGCUUUCCAUAAUAAAUUUGCAGCGACUAAUGCGGCUGAAAGAAGCAUUCGGAAAACGUGAUCAAGCGAAGCUGCACGAUGAAUAUCGCAACCGCGGGCAUGUCAAUUGGGAUCCCUUUUACCAUUCAGAUUGGCUUUUAUUGGAAAUCGAUGGCAACAUGCAAAUUCGCGAAGAACAGAUCAUCGUUGCACAAGAGAUGAUCGCUCCAAAUUCUGACUCCAACUCUGUUCUCCAGAUGAAUAUGGGCAAAGGGAAAACAUCCAUUAUCAUACCAAUGAUAGCAUCCGCUCUUGCUGAUGGGCAAACCCUCUCUAGAAUAAUGGUUCCAAAAGCGUUGUUGUCUCAAACUGCGCAGAUUCUCCAAGCUCGUCUUGGAGGACUGCUGGGUAGGGAAAUUACUCACAUCCCAUUUUCAAGACGCACACCGACAACCACAGAAAUCAUUUCGGAAUAUCGCAAUCUACACAAAGAAACUUUGCUAAAUUCUGGGGUUAUUCUAGCUGUUCCCGAACAUGUAUUGUCAUUCAAAUUGAGUGGACUUCAGCGGGUGUCGGAUUCUAAGAUCAAUGAGGCCAUUGAGAUGGUUGCCAUUCAGCGCUUGAUUGAUGAAACUUGCCGCGAUGUUCUUGAUGAAUGCGAUUUUACUUUGGCCGUCAAAACCCAACUCAUUUACCCUAGUGGUUCUCAGCUUGCACUAGAUGGUCAUCCGGACCGAUGGGGGCUCAUUAUGACAGUUCUGGACAUUCUUGUGCACCUCUUAAGAGAGGCUUCUCAAGAUUUUCCAAAGAGCAUAGAUUUAACUCAGCACACCUAUACGGAAUUUCCUGUCGUAUACUUCCUCAGAGACGAUGUCGAACAUAGUCUCAUCAACAGGCUUAUUGAUAGAGUUUGCUUUGGGCAAGCCGCGAUAUUCCAAAUCAAAGAUUUUACAGCUAAGCAAAGGGAAGCAUUGAAGAGUUUCAUUGGCGAAGAAAGACCCAACAGCACCAUCGUUAAUGAAACACUCACUUGGCUCACAGAAAGGCCUAAGCUUUAUAAAAGCGUUCAUCUACUUCGGGGGCUAUUCGUCCACGGGAUACUCCUUCUAUGUCUCAAGAAGCGCUGGAAUGUACAGUACGGUCUACAUCCUAAUCGAGACCCAAUGGCAGUCCCUUUUCAUGCCAAGGGUGUUCCGUCAGAACAAGCAGAAUGGGGCCAUCCAGACGUCGCAAUUCUAUUUACCAUAUUGGCAUUCUAUCAUGAAGGCCUCACCGUCAAACAACUUCGACAAAGUUUACAGGCCGUAUUGAGGUCCGACGAUCCAGCUACUGAGUAUGAUAAAUGGACCCAGACUUCAUCAACUUUGCCAGAGUCCUUGCGUCAUUGGAAUAUUAUCAAUGUUGAUGACGAGGGACAGGUAGUGGAAAUAUGGCACCAUUUGCGACGGAAGAUAGUCAUCAUUAACUACUUUUUGAGCCAUUUUGUCUUUCCAGUACAUGCAAAGCAGUUCAGCAUCAAGAUGCAGGCGUCUGGGUGGGAUAUCCCACUUAUGCAAGACUUGACAGCCUUGUCAUCUGAGGACAGGAAAAGUCAAGGCCUAACAACUGGGUUCAGUGGCACUAAUGAUAAUCGCCGACUCAUGCCUCUUACUAUCCAACAACAUGAUCUCCCCGGGUUGGCGCACACCAAUGCAGAAGUUCUCACAUAUCUUCUUCAGGAUAGAAACCGGCGAUACAUACAAGCUAUUAAUACCAAUAAAAAACGAUACUCGGAGCAUGAUCUUCUCGCCCGUCUUAAAGCCGAAGGAAUUCGAAUACUCAUUGAUGCUGGAGCAUUCAUCCUAGAAAUGGGCAAUCGAGCACUCGUGAAAGCAUGGUUGGACGAGGACAGAGCGCAAGCUGCGGUUUACUUUGGCCUCGACAAUAAGCCUUGGGUUCAGUACCAAACGGGUAAAACUGUGCCCCUCAUUGCUACCCCGUUUGUAGAUAACAUGGAAAAUUGCUUGAUCUAUGCUUCCGCCUUUAGCAAGGGGGCAUUGACACUUGGUCUAAACCAGACAAAGGAUCACACAGUGCAAGCGGCUAUGCGAUUGCGACAGCUAGGAACGACACAGUCUGUCACUUUUAUCGCACCACCAGAAGUUCAUCAAAGCAUUAUGGAUACUCGCCAGAGAGGCCUCAAUUUGCCGAUAGACUCUUCAGAUGUUCUUCGAUGGCUUCUAAUCCAGACAUGUAACUCUAAUAAGGAUCUUCAACCGUUAUAUUUUGCCCAGGGCAUGGAUUUCUGCAAUCGCAUGCAGGCAGCGGGAAAUUUUAAAAACUUUCUGACGAGCUCUGUACACCAAGAGGGACUUUUGAAAGUCUUGCGGUGUCGUGAACAUCAGACGUUAGAAGAGCUAUAUGGACCAGUCGCUACUACAACUACUGGGCCUACUGACUGCGGACCCUCUACCGGCCCUGUAUUGGCACCAUUUGGUAGCAAAUUAAGAUUUUUCAUGCAAAAACUCCAAGAGAGUUACAAGCUUACAAGUCUCGAUCGUGAGUCCGCACGAGGAUCUGCACUGGAAGAAGUUGAACAAGAACGAGAGGUUGCAUAUGAAAUAGAAGAAGAGAGGGAGCUACAACGACCGGACCACAUGAAAGCGCUAAAGUUUCCAGGUCUAUCCCGAUCCAUUAUCGAAUUUGUGAAGACGGGUAUAUUGGGUGAUGAGACAGAAUGUAUCAAAGCGUCCUUUGUGCUUGAGUCAACCCAAUUAGGGAAGAAGCACAAGAUCCAAGCGUCUACCCUUGUAUCACAUCUUCAUGUCUCGCCGGAAUUUGUCAGAACUGUGCAGAUUAUGAACAAAGAAAAAUAUGACAGUUUUAUUCGCCCUGUCAACUGGUUUCUUUGGAGUAGAAAAUCGGAACAGGCAGUUGUAAUCAUUCCAGAAGAAGCAGAAAUGUUGAUUCCUGUGCUUCGUAGCAGUCCCAAAUCAGCGGCGAUUCAUUUGAUUCUUUAUGCAGCGCCUGUCACCAAGAAUAUGCUGCACUUCAAUCGGAUAGACUACUACUCCCUACCCAGUCUUCCCACGAAGUGGAUUCCGCCCACAUGGCUGCCAUUUGAAGUUGGCAUUCUUGCCGGCAGGCUUUACUUUGAAUUUUCCGAAUAUGAUGGUCUACUUCGCCAGUUGAAACCUCGCUCCGAUGACCUACUAGAUGAAGAACCUGAUAUCUCCAGCAAUAAUUCUAGCCAGACCGAGAAUUUUGUCGGCUUUCUACAGGAAUGGCUUUCUCUUCGUCGACAAGGGCAGGAUAUUUCACAUACUCCCAUGGGGUAUCUCUGUCAAGGCUUACCGCUUCGGAUUGAUCACCCGUUCUUCUCAGAUAUCAAAGUGGAAGAGCAGGGCAAAAAGGCUGAUGAUCAAUUUUUCACUUCAACAAGAAAUCGGGAUUUAAGUGUCAACGAGGAUUAUUAUGAAAGUGAUGACGAGGAAACAGCAUUCGCAUUCGAGGUCAACAAUUUAGAAGACUCUGAGGACGAAGAUGAGUUGGAUCAACCACUAGAAUAGAAUAUUAC